CCAAAGCCCAACCAAUUACAUUUCAGAAAAGGGCUUAGGGACUGUGGUAAGGUAGCAUCUCCAAGCUUGCUACUGCGAGUUGAUGCUCAGGUUUUAUAUAUGCAGGGGAAAUGAUGCAGAUAAGGAGACACCUCUGUGUUGGGAGACAGCAGUGUGGGUGAGAGUUUCAGUGCCUUCUGGGAGUUAACAGGACUCAUGAGAAGGCAGUGGCAGGGCGUGGUAUAAAUGUUUUGCAAUGGAACAAAUAUGGUUGCUGCUGCUUCUAACAAUUAGAGUGCUUCCGGGCUCUGCUCAGUUCAAUGGCUACAACUGUGAUGCCAGCCUCCACAGUAGAUUUCCUGCUGAAAGAGAUAUCAAUGUCUACUGUGGGGUACAGACCAUUACGAUGAAGAUUAAUUUUUGCACGGUUCUUUUCUCCGGUUAUUCGGAAACAGAUCUGGCACUCAAUGGAAGGCACGGGGACUCCCACUGCAGGGGGUUCAUCAAUAACAACACCUUCCCAGCGGUGGUUAUUUUCAUCAUCAAUCUCAGCACCUUGGAGGGCUGUGGAAACACCUUGGUGGUAUCCACAAUUCCUGGAGUCAGUGCUUAUGGAAAUGCAACUUCAGUACAAAUAGGAAAUAUUUCAGGAUAUAUUGACACUCCAGAUCCACCAACAAUCAUCAGCUAUCUACCUGGGCUUCUUUACAAAUUUAGUUGUAGUUAUCCAUUGGAAUACCUGGUAAACAAUACCCAGCUUGCUUCGUCCUCAGCUGCUAUUUCUGUGCGAGAGAACAAUGGCACAUUUGUCAGCACUUUGAACCUGCUAUUAUAUAACGAUUCAACCUACAAUCAGCAGUUAAUCAUCCCCAGCAUAGGAUUACCUUUGAAAACCAAAGUAUUUGCAGCUGUACAAGCCACUAAUCUGGAUGGCAGAUGGAAUGUUCUAAUGGAUUAUUGCUACACAACCCCAUCAGGGAACCCAAAUGAUGACAUUCGAUAUGAUCUCUUCCUUAGCUGUGACAAAGAUCCUCAGACCACCGUCAUUGAAAAUGGCAGAAGCCAGCGGGGCCGGUUUUCAUUCGAAGUGUUCCGAUUUGUGAAACACAAGAAUCAGAAAAUGUCCACGGUCUUCCUGCACUGCGUUACCAAGCUCUGCAGAGCUGAUGAUUGCCCCUUCCUUAUGCCAAUUUGCGGCCACAGAGAAAGGAGAGAUGCGGGGAGGAGGACAACUGGGAGCCCCCAGGGCCCUUCUGGAAGCGCGGUCCUCUCUGCCGGGCCCAUCAUCACUCGGAGUGAUGAGACUCCAACCAACAAUUCACAGCUUGGCUCUCCAAACGUGCCUCCUUUCCAGCUGAAUGCCAUCACCAGCGCACUGAUAUCAGGAAUGGUGAUUCUUGGAGUCACGAGCUUUUCUCUUCUCUUGUGUUCACUGGCCCUUCUACAUAGGAAGGGACCCACCAGUUUGGUGUUAAAUGGCAUAAGAAACCCAGUCUUUGACUGACUGUAACAGGUUCCAGCUCUUGGGAGAAGGCUUUCCUGACUAUAAUAUGUGUGACU